GAGGUGCGCGUACGGUAUGAGGCCGCUGUCCUGAGUUUUGCAGGAAGACGCGACGUACCCAUAAUGAGGAAGAUUCCUCCCUCACGGUGCACAGCUGCAGCUUGGCUGCUGUUUCCUCAGUGGCUGCUAAUACUUGGUGGCCGCGAUGUAGUAUGGGCCACUUCGGGUGGAAUUCCGCAGGCGGUUCUCCCGUCAGAAGAUGUCAGUUUCGCCAAAACUGGUGAUGCUAUCGCAAGACGAGAUCUUCAAGACCGUUUGGGCCCGGAGCUACUGCCUUCCAAUCGUGAGGAUAUCGGCGAAGUUUUGGGAGGGGAAGGAAAAGCUGGAGAUCCUAGAAGACGAACGGAUGAUCAUCUACGGGAGGAGCAUGUUGCGACCACAGGUGGGAUGAAUUAUGGUCCAGGCGACCAGCAGCGUCGCUUGGUUGAUUCCGAUGGAGAAACAGCUGAUACGUCACCGCUCGAUGUUGAUCCGAGACGUCCUCGUGCAGAGCAAGAGCGAGAUGGAGGUGCAGAUGACCCGACAAGCGUUCGCUCGUCUUCAUCCCGAACCGGUCAGGGAGAGCCAGAACAAGGCUCUUUAUCAGGAGGGUCUUUGUUGUCCGGGAAUGCUAGAAUCGACGGAAGGAAACUGCAUACGCAUACUGUUUUCGAUGGGAAGCCGAGACCCAAGAAUCCUACAGCAUUACUGCCGAUGACACGUGAGGAAGGACUGGAGUACAUCGGAAUCCGCCGACUGACGAGAUUCCACGUCUUUGAGCAAGUGCUUCUAGUAAUGCUCGCAAUGUCGCUCUGCGGAAUCAUGAUCCUCGUCUAUUGGUUUAGGAAAAUAGGUCUAUUAAGGAACUUCUUUCCCACCUGGCCAUGCCUAUGACUAAAUGAUUUUCUUUUUAGACGAAGAUCGACAACACACUUCGACGUGAAUGGGUGUGAAUUGAGGUCUACCAGGUCGAUUAUUGUGGGUAACUGUAAGUAAGUAUCUUCCGAGGACUGAUUUAGAUAGCAUGUGUGAGGCCAGUUAGCCACCUUGCCCGUUCGUCUUCAUGUAGCAUAUGACCGACCGAGUCAACCUGACGCAUCCGCCGAAUGAGGUACGUGUCGACCCGAUCACUGGCGAGGACUUGCCCAGACCGUUCCAUUACUUGCGUUCCGAAGAGUUUCAGGAAAAAACCGAGUAUGGCCGAAGGAAACGCAGGUGAAUACUGUCAGCAUACAUCCAAAUAGCUUAUGGGUCACUCAAUGAAUGUUGAUGCUGCAGCAGCUACUCUAUCCUUGUUACAUCAUUGAUUGACCCUAGUCUGUUUAUGAUUAAGAACAUAGGUACUAUGAAAGAACAAGAUGGCAUGCAUUUACUUCCUUCCUUUCAUACACUGGAGCGGAUGAAUUUCUUUUGCGAGAACACGACAUAUGUGGCCACAGUCUUGGGAUUCCACAUGUUCCAGACACUUCUCUUUUUAAGGGAAAUGAAUAUGCAUGAUGAGUGUCCUUUUUGUCAUAGCUCUGGUUUUGAAUUUCAGUCGCAUUGAUUAUGAUUUCUGUCAGGAGCAGUUACUAUGAUCAUAACUUCCACCCCGGCAGGGGCAGUUAUGAUUUCAACAUACUUACUUGGGGACCACUGUUGACUUUGGUCGGUGGUGGAAAUGGCUUGUUUAGGGUGUUGAAGAGCGCAAAACAAGGGUCAUCUUUUUACAGGUUGUACAUGUACAAAAGACUUAGUCUAACUUUUCUCGUCGCAGUGUACGAUGUGAACGGGAACUUGCCGGAAGCGGUUUUCGUGUUAGAAGCAGUUAUUGGGUUGCUCCUCUUCGCUGAUCCUGCAACGGCGACCCUUCAGCGCUUCAUUCUGAGUGACUUUGGGACGCUCCAAAAGCUGCCUUAUGCAGAACUGGCAAUAGCCAGUGUGGUGUGCCUUUCCCCAAUCCUUAGCGUGUUCCUCAGUAGGCAGGACGAGUACGACAAGAAUGCGGGAAGUGCUUUGGCAAGCGACACAGUAGGGCUCGGCGUACACUGGUUUAGCUUUCGUUUUCUCGCGUGUCUACGAAUGCGCAAAUAUUACCUCUUUAUGUUCCCAGAACUCAGCGGGAUGCGCUCGCCGGUGGCUAGAGGCUCUUACGCUCUGCUUCUCAGGUGAGUAUAUUUGGUUGCGCGUCUUGAUCCUUCUAUGUAUAAUUUCUAGGACACUUCUUCUUGAAACCUUGUCGCUCGUCUGGGUUCCUUUUGUCAUUAAAUAGAGGACGAAGGAACUUUUCGGAAAAGUCAACGCUUUUGCAACAUGCUGCAGGUGUUUUGAGACGUUUACGUUUUUCUAUGUUACGGUGUGCUUUCUGUGGACGGUGGAGUUUGCGGAUGGCCUGUUUCCCCGUUCGGUGCCGGACUACGGUAAUUGGUCUUUGGACGAAAGUCUCUGGUUUAUGGUCACUACUGCGCUCACGAUAGGCUACGGAGACUACUCUCCAUCUACAGUCUUUUCGCGUGUGGUCGUGAUGCUUCAGCUAAUUUCGGUCUUGCUGAUGUUAUGGCGAGAACAGAGAUUUGCAUCGUUGUCAAGAUACUGAAGAACAAAGAAGUAAGGACGAAGUAUCUAGUUAGCGUCUUGAGUUCUGUCUUGAUCGCUAUCAGAACUUAUCUCUACGGGCAUUAGUAAGGGUGCCACCAGGGAUACAUACAUACGAAGUAUCUAGUUCUAGGAUCAAAAGGCAAGUCAUCACCUAGCAAUCUGCUUAAACUACAUUUAAGUAAACAAAUGUAUAACACAGUUACAACGAAGUCGUGGGCAAGAAGAUGAUUCUUAACUUGGGUUCUGUGACGUUUCAAAAAAUUUGCCCUCUCAUGUAACGUGGGGAUGGUUUUUGAGAUUAUGAGCAGGAUAUGGGCGGAGAGUGCGUCAGGGCUCGGAACCUACAAUCCUCGAGAGCGAG